GGGUGGCUGCUGUCAGCUCCGCGUACGUGUGCGAGCGCAUGCGGGAGGCCCUGGCCUCUCCGGGCCUGCGAACGGGCGGGGCCCGGCGCGAGGGGUCAACCCUGGGCCUUGUCUUCUGGGGCUUUGUCUUCUGGGACUUGUCAAAGUGGGAAGCGUAGUGCUUCCCAGACUGUUUUUUAGAUGGGCGUGGGCGAAUGGGACUCGGUAUGUUGCUGUAGAGCUGUCUCCUUUGGGGUGCGAAGCUUUUUCUUUGUAGAAUAGGAAAAUUUGAAUUCUAACAGAUUGGACCGUCGUUAGCUAUAUAAUACUUUUUUUUUUUUAAUUAGACAUCUACUAAUCUAAUAAAAAAUACAGGACUUCUAUGUCUGUUUAAACAUAUUCCUCUUAAGGCGCUCAAAGACUUAGCUUAUUUUAAAUAAAGCACUUUGAGAUAUGCCUAGUUAAGGAUCUCGAAACUUAAGCUACCCCAUGUGAUGCUGUUUUUAUUUGGGGGGGUUUGUUGGGAGGUGUUGGCCUUUUUACUUUUUUCAUUAUAUUGUUUGCCAACUAUUGAGGAUCCUUUGGGAGAAGAUAAUCUUGUUGGACAGAAGGGAGUGGCAGAAUGAGAAAUUUAGAAAAGAACAUGUUUACAAAAGAAGCUUUAGCUUUGGCUUGGCGAUAUUUUUUACCUCCAUACACCUUCCAGAUCAGAGUUGGUGCUUUGUAUCUGCUGUAUGGAUUAUAUAACACCCAACUGUGUCAACCGAAACAAAAGAUCAGAGUUGCCCUGAAGGAUUGGGAUGAAGUUUUGAAAUUUCAGCAAGAUUUAGUAAAUGCACAGCAUUUUGAUGCGGCUUAUAUUUUUAGGAAGCUACGACUAGACAGAGCAUUUCACUUUACAGCAAUGCCCAAACUGCUGUCAUAUCGGAUGAAGAAAAAAAUUCACCGCACUGAAGUUACAGAAGAAUUUAAGGACCCAAGUGAUCGUGUGAUGAAACUUAUCACUUCUGAUGUGUUAGAGGAAAUGCUGAAUGUUCAUGAUCAUUAUCAGAACAUGAAACAUGUAAUUUCAGUUGAUAAGUCUAACCCAGAUAAAGCCCUCAGCUUGAUAAAGGAUGAUUUUUUGGACAAUAUUAAGAACAUAGUUUUGGAGCAUCAGCAGUGGCACAAAGACAGAAAGAAUCCAUCCUUAAAAUCAAAAAUUAAUGAUGGAGAAGAAAAAACAGAAGGAAAUUCACAAGAAACAGAGAGAUGUGAAAGGGCUGAAUCAUUAGCGAAAAUAAAAUCAAAGGCCUUUUCAGUUGUCAUUCAGGCAUCCAAAUCGAGAAGGCAUCGUCAAGUCAAACUUGAUUCUUCUGACUCUGAUUCUGCAUCUGGUCAAGGACAAGUCAAAGCAACCAAGAAAAAAGAGAAGAAAGAAAGAUUGAAACCAGCAGGAAGGAAAAUGUCUUUCAGAACCAAAGGUAACGUUCAGAAUAUACACAAGGAAGACAAACCUUUAAGUCUGAGUAUGCCUGUAAUUACAGAAGAGGAAGAAGAGAAUGAAAGUUUGGGUGGAACAGAGUUCACUGCAUCCAAGAGGAGGAGAAAACGCUGAACAAAGAGCCUGGCGUAGUUUUUAAUUUUGAGCUUUCUGACAGAAGAAAAGAUUGAUAUUUUGUGUAUUGAACAGGAAGACUGCCAGUGUUAAAAAUAAUCCUUCUGGGAAACUAUAGGUUAUUUCUUGGAAAUUGCAAUACACAGUUCUAGAAUAAAAGAGCAAAAAAUUAGAAUAAGAAUUCUUUAACAUUUUUAAUGAUAUGCAUAAAUGGAGAUAAAACUUGUAUUUAGUAUGUAGUAGAAAAAAUUCUGUUGUUUGAAGAUUGUUACUGUUUCCUAUAACGUUUUGUGAUACUAUGCUGUCCUAAUACAGUCUGGUAAUACUAUUCUAUUAAAAUAUUUUUAUUGAAAUGUUAAUGUUUAUUACAUGCAAAUCACUGAUUAUUUUGUAUCUACAGUCUGAUAAUGGAUUUUUCUUAUGUAUAUUACACUAUUUUGUAUGUUGUUAAGUGCAACAAAGUUUUUGCUUUGUUUUAUUUUUUAAUACAUAAGACUCACAUUCUCAUAAUGUGAUUGAUAACUUAGGAAGUUCACAGCUUACUUUCUACUUCUGCAAUUGAUUAAAUAUUUUUUAGUGCUUUUUUAAAGCUCCCUUUGGUCUAAUGUAUAUAUAUGUUUAUGUUAGUGUAUGUGUAGAUAUGUGUAUGAAUAUGUGUCCAUAUAUAUAUGACUAGUCAAUAAAUUGUGUAAGUACUUGAAUACUAAUACUUAAAUUAGUAUUUAAUACUAAUUUAUAUAAUACUAAUUAGUGUAGUAUUGUAUACUAAUUUAAGUAUUAAGUACUUAGUACUUAAAUGCUAAUUAUUUCCAAUAAAACUUUUAAGAAGAAUAAUGUAAAUUUCAGAAUGUGUCUGUGGUACAGAAUAGUUGAUAUUCACAGAAAAAAAACUAUAGCUUCAUGAAUAUGUUUCUCUGUUUGUUAAUUUUUCAUUCCAGACAUUGUUAUUAGAGACUGCUUGAGCCGUGUUAUUUGAAUUGCUGCCAGUAGCAGACCAUCUCCAUAUUAUGUUGUUGGCUCAACUUUUUUUUUUUUUUUUCCUAAUAGAGAUCAGGUAUCGCUGUGUUGCUCAGGCUGGUCUUGAACUCCUGGGCUCAAGCUGUUCUCGUCCCUCAGCCUCCCAAAGUGCUGGGAUUAUAGGUGUGAGCCACUGCACCCAGUAUUAACCUGUUUUACAGUUGAUUAUACUUCAUGCUGUUUUCUAGCAUGGUAUUAUUAAGGGAUUUAACAUUUUGGUUGAAGAUCAAAUUCAUGAUAUCUCUAUAUAUAAUCUUUAAAAAUCAGAAUAGUAAUGCUGACCCAAAUAAAACUUUCAUUUAUUAGAAUUCAUGCUGUCGCAAUUGUUUCCUUUGACUUCAGAUGUUUUUGGUCAUAGAUGGGCACUUUUCAUUAUGUGGACAUUGGGUGGAGCAUCUUGGAUGUAAACAUUCUGGGGUUGGGGUAUAGAUCCAUUAUUGGCCUCACUUGAUGUGCCCAGUUGUUUGCUAGAACUUGUCUGAUCAUUAAAGUGUGUAGACAUUGUACAGCUA